AACAAUAUUCUAUCAUAUACUCUACUAUCUCUCAACAUAUCAGCUGCAUAAGCUGAUUCGAAAGCAAUCAGGAACCAUUGAAAUCGAGCUCUAAGGGUUAACAAUGUCGGCUCGAUUGCUGAAGAAAGUCCUCAAAGAACAAGAAGAAGAACAACAACUAAUUCAGAAUAAAUUGGACGGUGAUGACUCCGAGGAUUCCCCUGAAUCGACCGCUCGCUCUUCCAGAAAUCUCUUUGAUCUUCUCAACGACGACGAUGAUCAGCUGCAGGUGUUUGAGUCAGAAAUUGCCGAUGAAUCCUUGGUAGGACACAUUGAUGAUGAAGAACCCUCUGUGGUGAAAGCUACUGUGAACUCAAUUCCAUUGUCUAAUAACAAGGCGAAAAAAAAGAAAAAGAAAAAAAGAAAGGAGGUUCCCUCUUCAAAUGUAGAAAAUGUUGAAAGACCCUUGGAUGUGAUGUUAGAAGGUUUAUCUUUUGAAGCUCAGUCUGCUAGUCCUCAGCCUGGUCCUUUAAAAGCUAAACAAGGAAAUGUAAAAGUUGGUGACAGCCUGGUUAAACAAUGUAUCCCGUCUAUUUUACAAGUGGAUCCCAAAUUUCUAAGUGCAGAAAAUGAGCUAAAAAGAAUAUUUGGCUCUAAGGUAGUGAAUUUAUUUGAAAAAAGUAAUCAAACAGGCAGUUCUAGACAAUCACGUGGGGGUCGACGUGGAGUCCACAACCAUAGGAAGACUAUUCUUGUCUCUCCGUCAGACCAUUGGCCUCGUUGGGAUGGCUCUUUGUCCAUGGAACUUCUGGAAACCAAAGAUGGAUACAACUAUUUCAGAUAUGUACAUUCAUCUUCCUAUAGCCAAGCUCAGAGAUCAUUCGAAGCUACCAAAGCAAUAAAUGAUCUUAAUGGUAUAGCAAGUGUUCUAUUUAACAAUCCUUACCAUGUAGAUUCGCUCAUUACUAUGGCAGAGUAUUUUAAAUUCUCGGGUGAGCAUCAAAUGUCGGCAGAGUUUAUUGCGAAGUGUCUAUAUGCCUUGGAAUGUGCAUGGCAUCCAAUGUUCAGCCCCUUGCAGAGUAAUUGCCAGUUGAAAUAUGGCCAUGACACGAACAAGCCAUUGUUCACUACACUUUUCAGUCACAUGAAAAAUAUGGAUAGGCGUGGGUGCCAUCGAUCUGCACUUGAAAUUUGCAAACUAUUGCUUUCAUUGGAUUCGGAUGAUCCGAUGGGUGCCAUUUAUUGCAUUGACUACUACUCUUUGAGAGCAGAAGAGUACACAUGGCUAGAACGAUUCUCUGAAGAAUAUAGAAGUGAUAAUUCCUUGUGGUUAUUUCCAAAUUUUUCAUACUCUCUCGCCGUGUGCCGGUUUUAUCUUGAGCAGGAGGGGCUCUCAAAAGAUAGUCAAACAGACACUGGAAAAGCCUCUUCAACUGAUCUCAUGAAGCAGGCUUUGAUGCUUCAUCCUUCAAUCUUAAAAAAACUAGUGGCAAAAGUACCUUUAAAGGAUCAGAUAUGGACAAAGAUACUCAAGCAUAGCUUCUUUGGGUCAGAUCAAACCGGAAUCCCAUCCUUGGAUCACCUGAAUAAUAUAUAUGUUGAGAGGAGUUACCUUGUAUGGAGGCUCCCUGAUAUGCAAAAAUUGCUUAAGGACUCUGCACUACUGGUGGUUGAGACGCUGGAACAUAAUAGAAGUGAUGCAAAAGAUUGGGCUUGUGUGAGAAAAGAAGCAUUCUCAUCUGAGAAAAAUGAGUACAAGCAUCUGCUGGUAUCAGAUUUUUCUGAUUCAGUGCCAACUCUGCCACCUGAUAACCUGCAAAAUUUUCUAGCUGAUCCGAGGAUGAGAGAACAGCAGAACAGGGAUCAAUUCGCCAACCCAGCUGGUGGGGCACGUGCUCCUCGUGAUGUUGCAAAUCGAAAUGCAUUAGCUGUCUUGUUUGAGUCUAUGCUACCAUGGAUUGAUUAUGGAGGAAGAGGAGAUGAAGGAGGGGCCGGUGAGGAUCACUUGGGUCAAUGACCAUGAACAAGAUGACGAAGAUAAAAUUUGCAGACACUGACAGUCUAGAAAAUGAGAGGAAAUCCUAUUUUUGGUCUUUGUUCACAUUAUCAAAGAGAACGAUUAUCUGUGCAAAUCUGAAAUAUUUAAUUUUAUUAGCAGAAAAAGAAGUCAAAUGGCUAAUAUAUUGCAUUGUAGGAUCACGUGUUGCAUAAUAAGAGCAAUGUAGUUUUAACUUUUCACUUCUGAUAUUGAAACUAUUUGGCUGUUUGGAAAAAUAGAAACCGAUCCAGUGUAAUAGAAAUUGCAUUGCAUUUGAACGUGCACGUGCUGAAUGAACAUUGUGAAAGAGAAUUCAUCUAAUUGUCAUAUUUGUUUA